CUAGACCAGGCCAGGCCAGGAACGGGUUCGAUGGGGUACAACUCAUGGAUUCGUUCCUCCGCCAAGAGGAUCGCCUGGGGAGGGAGAAAGACCGGAGGCAACACUCCCGGAGGCGAUUCGGAGAACGACGCGAGCGAGGCGAUGGGAYKGRCGAGCCUCAACAGCGCKAGGACSGUCCGGUCCGGAAACAACCGGCAGUCCGGCAGCAUCAGCCACAGCAUCAGCAACCACUCUAGCAGCAAGAGCAGCGGCAAGAGCAGCAGCAGCAGCAGCAACAACAACAAGAAACACAAGAGCAAUGGCUGCGCGAAACCAAGCAAGACCCACAGACAAGCCGGGCGGAACCAAAGCAGCAGCAUCGGCAACGCCCAAAGCACAAGCACCAGCACCGGAAACACCCACUGCAACAGCCAGAGCGACGCCAGCACCAGCAGCGGCAGCCGCAACAAGAAGCGGAGCAAGAUACAGACCACGGGGACGUCUUCCAGGAGCAAUUCCUCCAAGAGCUGGAUCUCGGACCUGGAGUUCUCGGGAGAGAUGAACCAGAGCCACUGCAGCCAGAGCCAGGCCAACGACAGCAUGCACGUGAUCGGCGAGUCGUCGCAGGAGGGGGAGGAAGAGGCCGCGAGCAGGGGCAGCGGCCACCACGAUUCCGCUUCUGCCAAGAAAAGCAAGGGCCGCAAGCGGAACCGGAACUUUCCCAGCCUCCGGCAGGCCGCCAAGUCGCACUCUCCCUCGCAGUUGCAGUCCCAGUCGCAAUCCCAGUCGCAGUCGCAGUCCCAGUCGCAAUCCCAGUCGCAGUCGCAGUCCCAGAUCCUCCUGCAGCUGCAGCACCAGGCCGUGCAGCAGCUCCCGCCCCACCAGCGCUCCUUUCUCUCGCUGCAGGACCCCGGAUCGAUCUCCAGCGGGGGGACCGAAUCGCCCUACGUCUCGGCCGAGUUCACCCUGGCCAGCGGGAGCGCGGGCAACGGAAUCGCACACGGAAUCGGAACGAGCAGGCCCAGGGCGGCGAGGCGGACGAGCUUUCGGAGCACCGGGAGCUCCCGGGCCACCGGGGACCACUCCGGCGAUCUCGAGGGCAGAAGCAAGAACCGGACCCGGGCGUCCAACGACGACGACGACGAGGAGGAGGAGGAGGAGGAGGAGGCGUCCUCCUUCACGGGGACCACCCCCUCGGUCAUGAUGGACAAGCAGCGGGCCGUCAACGUGGGAAGGUCCGGAACCAAGUUCGUCUACGCCGUCCUCUUCUGCACCGGCCUGUUGCUCUCGGUGGCCACCUUUCUCUUUGUCCGCCACUCGGAACACCAGGAGUUCGAGUCCGAGUUCCACAGCUACGCCAGGGAGACCGCCGCCCUGGCCGAAACCAACGCCGCCCACACCUUCUCCCAGUUCCAGACGCUGGCCACCACCCUCACCUCGGCGGGGCUCUUCGAGCGGGACUACUCCCACCGGUUGGACUACACCGACGCCAGCGACAGCCAUAGCAACAGCAGCAGCARCARCAGCARCARMMRCRAACGCGAAMKCGAAAKCRRRMGYCGGMGWMSGASMASSAMCMRCRAMMACSAAWACGAAAACGACGACGAUGCCAUCUACCGAACGGGGGCCUGGCCGAACGUUACCAUCCCGCACUUCGACCAGCGCAUCGAGGUCAUGAGCCAGCGAGCCGGCGCCACCAUGAUCAUGUACGUGCCCCUGGUGGAGGACACCGACAAGGACGGCUUCGAGGCCUACGCAAACGCCCGGGCCCCGUGGAGAACCCGGGAAAGGUCCGAUGCCACGAACCAACACCAGGGAACCGGAACCGGAACGGGCUACGUCGAGAUCUUUCCCUGCCCCCACGGGCACUCGGAAGAAGACCGCGACGGCUUUGUCGACGUCGAUUCCUUCAUGGAGGAAAUCCUCUCCGAAACGGGCGGCUUUGCCAGCCCCGAUGGCCUGGUAGCCCCCAUCUACCAGUACGGGGGGCCGAACCCCAAGGGGGGCCCCGGGAGCACCAUCGAUCCCAACAGCGAAUCGAUCGCCCUCAUGGACCUAUGGCACCACCCGAUCUUCAAGAAGGAGGUCGUGGCCUCGAUCGAAUACGGCGUCCCGGUCAUCUCCGAAUACCUGGACGUUGGCUUUCUGCUGGAAUCUCUCUCGCCACCGGAACCGACCGCGGCGGUGGGAGACCCGCUGAAGCACGCGACGACCCUCCGGGCUCCCCACGACCCGAGCGCAAAAAGCGGCGCCACCGGGGAAACGACCCUGUCGAGCGUGAUGAGCAUCACGCUGGAUCCGGUCAAGGAAUCCUUCGAGCAAGGUGCCAGAACGAUCGGCUUUGUGGUGGGAAUCGUCCCCUGGUCCACCUUUUUCCGGAACGUCCUCGAGGUCGACACGGAAGAAAGCGGCAUCGGCAGCGGCAACACCACCGCCGCCGCCGUAGACGACGAUCCCUAUACCUCGCAACAAAAACAAAACAAGGCGGUCCGCGGAAUCGUCGUCAAGGUCGUCUCGGACUGCGGAUCGGUGUUCACCCUCGUCCUCAGCUCCGAAAACCACGUGGAGGAAAACCCGGUCCGCUUCGGCGACUGGAAGGAACGCUACGGGGAGUACGAGGACCUCAACCACACCUCCCGGUUUUUCUGGAAGGAGCACCCCAAGGGAAAGUCCCGGCACUGCCACUUCGACCUGCAGAUCUAUCCCAGCGAGGAGUUCCGGAACUCCUACCGGACCAAGCAGCCCUGGCUCUACGCCCUGGCGGUGGUGGCCAUCUUUGUCUUCACGGCCGGCAUCUUUGCGGGCUACGACGCCUUUGUCUUCCAGGGACAGCGGCACAUCGUCACGGAGGCCACGGGCAUGAUCGUGGAGAACGCGAGGCGGGCCGCCCGGAACGAGCGAGGUGCGUGUCUUCGUUGUGUUGUGUCGUGUUGUGUCGUGUCGUGUUGUGUUGUGUCGUGCAGUGUAGUUUGGGAAAGCGAGGAAUAGGAAACAAAAAGGGAACUCGCAUCGCACCGGUUGUUCUGUCGUGGUCCUAACCCUUUUUCGUCGCCGUCGUCUGUCCUCUUUUUUUUUGUUUUGACCCUGCCCGACACGCACGGCAGACCUCAACGAUUUCAUCGCCCACGAGGUUCGAAACCCCCUCGCGGCCGCGCUGUCCGCGUGUGCCUUUGUCAUGAGCGCCCUCACGGAAGACCAGAUGCUGCACGGAGGGGAAUCCGGCAAGAAUCGAGACGGCGACAGCGAGGGCGAAACCGAGGCCUCCGACAUCGAGAACCAGGCGCUGAUUCCAGCGGACGAACGACGCGGCGAGUCCCGCGACACCAACGACGCCGGUGCCUGUGCCACCGACGAAUCGAUCGGCAAGAACCGGGCCGGAGGAGACCUCGAAACGGCCCACCAGGCGCUGAUUUCCUCGGACGAAAAACGGGACGAGGUCAUCGACGACGUCAAGAUCAUCAACGAAUCCCUGCACUUCAUCAACGAUCUGCUGCGAAACAUGCUGGACAUGCAGCGGGCGGGGUCCAACCAGAUCCCCAUCGAGAUCAAGCCGACCGACAUCAUGAACGACAUUUUCAAACCCGUCGAAGCGAUGAUGCACCUGCGAGAGGUCCCCUUCGAGGUCGUUCUGGAAUGCGGGAGCGGAAACUCCGAGAACAAGAUCGACGAGGACGACCAGCUGGUCAUCAUGACCGAUCCCCUCCGCCUGAAACAGGUCGUUGUGAACCUCACCAGCAACGCCAGCCGAUUCGUYGAAAAGGGUUUCAUCCGCUGCAGUGCCAAGGUCAACGCCACGACCGGUUUCGUUGAAUUGUACGUGGACGAUUCCGGCCCGGGCAUUCCGGAAGAAAAGCGGAAGCGCGUCUUUGGAAAGUUCCAGCAGAGCCUCGACUCGCUCCAGCAGGGGACGGGGAUCGGUCUGAGCCUCUGCAAGAAGCUGAUCGAUCUGAUGGGCGGAAACCUUUACAUCGACGACGACUACCACAGCGGAAUCGAAGGGUGCCCGGGCACCCGCUUCGUGAUACAGCUCGGGAAACCGCCCCUCCAGCUGGAAAACGCGAUCCUGGACGAGCAGCUGCCCCCCCGCGACAGGGCCAAGCUGCGCCGCCGGCUCCUGAACUGCGAUCGACCGUCCGCAGAAGACGGAGUCGGUCCGCAACCGCAGGCCCCGCCACACUCGGUCGACUUUGCCGCGGAACAGCCCAAAGCCAAGACGUCCGUUUCGUCGCACUCGACGGUGUCCACGCUCGCCACCAGCGAAAACACCGGGAACGAAUCGGCCCCCCGUCCCUCCGCGGGAGCCAUCGGAGCGAGAAAAGAGCCCGCCACGCCGCCACCGGUGCCCUCCUCGUCUCCGGUGGCGGUGUCCCCGGAUCCCGGGGGAGCCCCCGCCGAAAAAGCGGGGGUGCCGGCCAGCGAAAGACGAGACGGGCAGGGCCUUCUCACCGAGCUGCCGCUGAAUCUCUCCGUCUUGUUUGUGGACGACGAUACGAUACUCCGCAAGCUUUUCUCCCGGACACUAAAGAAGAUCAACCCCACCUGGUCCCUCCGGGAAGCCUCCAGCGGGGAGAUCGCCAUCGAACUCAUCACGUCGCAAGAAGCCGGGAGCGGAGAAACCCAGACGCCGAGCGGCUUUGACCUUAUCUUUAUGGACCAGUACAUGGCAAGCACSCAGAAGCAGCUGCUGGGGACCGAAACCGUCCGAGCCAUACGGGCAAGGGGAUUCCACGAGCCGAUCAUAUGCGGGUUGUCGGCCAACGACGUCGAAGACGCCUUUUUCAACGCCGGCUGCGACGCCUUUAUGUUCAAGCCGUUUCCCUGCAAAAAAGAGGAACUCACGAAAGAAUUGCUCAGGAUCAUCAACACCCGCCGCAGUUAAAGGGCGGGGUUGCAGUGGCAUUGCACGGCACGGCACGUGUCCGAUCAAACACAGCAGCAAGCACGCGGGCCGGGAGUCUUUUGCAAUUUUCCGGCAGUUCGGUCGCGAUUCGCGGCGAUGCCAUCGGAGCGGGUGUCCGCGUGUUUUCUGGCCCGAUCCGAACGAGUGCACCGGAGGGGGCGGAACAAAGGAACAAACCAACCGCAAGGCUUCGUUGCGCGUUUCCACGGGAGUUUUCCCCCGGCUUGCCGAAAUGAUACCACCAGAUCCAAAUCAUUUUACCGGUGCCGCCGGGUCUUUUUUUGGCUGCCCAGAGGCAGCAACACGAUGCCGCAUCGUCCAAUAUUUCAUUGCACGUUCACACGGCGGUUUUCUUGGUCGGCUGACAGGAUUUUGAAACUCGAUCCCAAUCGUUUUGACCGGUCUCGGAUGKUCUGUUUUCGGCUCCUCGAAGCCGACCACACAAGACCGUGCAAUGCCUUGCCAUGGCGGSUUUCCYCCAAGCUCUGCCCCCGAUGCAAAGCCAUCGGYGCGAGGGCAAAUUGAUACACMAUUGCACGAAACUCCAUGGGGUGGCUCCAACAACAGCCACAAAAAAGAUGCCGCRUUGUGCGUGUUUGUUCCAGCGUUUUCCUCGAUUGAAAACAGAGGAAAUAAUUUUUACAACUAAAAUCCGAAACAAUACUCUGGUAGAUCUACUUUUCUGGAAAUUACCGCUUCAAUGUGGAAGGCAUUUCGCAGAAGUAAAAAAAAAUAUACAGGUAAUUUCAAG